AUGGAUGAUGCAAUCAGCCCUUCGGUCUUGCCCGUCCGUGGCCCAGCCCAUCAUGAGCCCAUGGACACCCCGCCUCGAGCACCAUCGCCAGUCCAUCGCUUCGGAACAUUAGCAGUCCACGCCGGCGCGCCCAUCGAGCCGACAACUGGCGCCGUCAUCGCACCGAUAUCCCUGUCAACCACCUUUGCUCAGACCGGUGUAGGGAAGCCGAUUGGAGAAUACGAAUACACAAGGAGUGCAAACCCGAAUCGCGACCAGUUUGAACAAGCAGUUGCUGCAUUAGAACAUGCUCGGUAUGCAUUGGCAUUUUCGUCUGGAUCAGCCACCACUGCAACGAUUCUCCAGUCGCUUGCAUCGGGGUCACACAUCGUUUCCGUGUCCGAUGUCUACGGCGGUACUCACCGGUACUUCACCAAAGUUGCCGCUGCGCAUGGAAUCGAUGUCACAUUCUCCCCUUGCAUCGAGACCCAUAUUGAGAAUCUGAUUCGACCAAAUGAGACCAGGCUGAUCUGGAUUGAAACUCCGUCCAAUCCGACCCUGGGUUUGGUGGAUAUUCGCAACAUCGCCACGGUUGCCCAUCAACACGGCAUCACGGUUGUUGUCGAUAACACAUUCCUCAGCCCUUAUAUUCAAAACCCUCUCGAUCAUGGAGCGGAUAUUGUUAUGCACUCUGUUACUAAGUAUAUUAACGGACAUUCUGAUGUCUUGAUGGGAGUCGCGGCGUUUAACUCCGAUGAUUUGAAGAAGAGGCUUACGUUCUUGCAAAACGCUAUUGGUGCGGUUCCAUCUCCCUUUGACUGCUGGCUAGCCCAUCGUGGUUUGAAGACUCUUCACUUGCGCGCCCGGGAGGCGACUAGAAACGCAACUGCAAUUGCCCAAACACUUGAGGCGUCUCCGCAUGUCAUCUCCGUCAAUUAUCCCGGUCUUAAAUCUCACCCCCACCACGCUAUCGCAUUAAAGCAGCACCGCGACGGCAUGGGCGGUGGCAUGCUUAGUUUCCGCAUCAAAGGCGGACAUGACGCUGCCGAGAGAUUUUGCCAAUCCACUCAGAUUUUCGUUCUCGCCGAGAGUCUAGGCGGUGUGGAGAGCUUGGUAGAAGUACCUAGCAGCAUGACCCAUUCUGGUAUUCCUAAAGAACAACGCGAAGCUGCUGGUGUUUAUGAUGAACUGGUUCGUAUCAGCUGUGGUGUUGAGGACUUUGAAGACCUAAAGGUGGAUGUACUGCGGGCGCUUGAGAAAGCAGUCGUUGGUCCCAAGCUCAACGGCCUUGCUAAUGGGAAAGCAUCUUGA